UGUUAUCCACCCACGGGAGAGAGGUGAUUUCUUUCUUUUUCUUCCUCUUCUUCUUCUCCUUCUUUUUUUCUUAUCCUUAUAGAGUGGAGUUUUUUUUUUUUUUUUUUUUCAUGUGGAUGUGCUUGUUAUGCCCACACACUCCUCAGUAGUAGUAGUAGUAGUAGUAAGUGGAACACUGAGCUGCUGUCACGCGUCGCUGCCGCAUGGUCCUGCUGCUGCUGCUGCCCGGUGCCGCGGUGCGCUUUCAGCCUAGUCCCAGUCGGUGCUGCUCGCCGUCUCCGAGUCCGAUGUCCCCGCUCUCCUGUCCUGUGUCCUGUGUCCUGUGCGCACUGAGCCAAACCUCCCAGCUGCUGUCUGCCUUAUAGUGUUUCCCUCGCCCCUCCUGCACGCGGGACACCUCCAAUUGGAGCGCGUAAAAGCGCAGCUGAAGCAGUAGUCACCGCGGCUCCUUCUCUUUAGGUUUACACUUGUUUUUUUCACGUCUUUUUUCUUUUCUUUUCUUUCAUUUUUUUUCUUUUUUUUUUUUUCUCACGAUUUCACGUUCACUGAAAGAAAGCGUGAGCUACAUCGCAGGGAAGCAUGAGUGGACGCGGGGACGAGGCCGGGGAGAGCUCCGGCUCCCAGGAGCCCGCGGGGGCCGCGGAGCCCCAGAAGAGGAGGCCGGGGAGACCGCGGAAGCCCCAGAAAGAGCCAAGUGGAGAGCCGGUCCCUAAGCGGCCAAGGGGACGUCCCAAAGGAAGUAAGAACAAGGGCCCGUCCAAGGCAGCGCAGAAGAAAGCAGAGGCAACUGGGGUGAAAAGACCCCGGGGACGACCCAGGAAGUGGCCACAACAAGUCGUGAAAAAGCCUGCUCAGGAAGAAGAAGAAGAGGAGGAGGAAGAAGAAGAAGAGACUGGAGAGUUCCAGGAGACAGACUAAGCUUCCACACCAUCAAACCUCUACCUCAUUCAGCUGUCAGGUCUUUCAAAGUGGAAAGACUUCCUUGACCACUUAUGUUUGUCUUUUUCCUACGUUAUUUGACUUCAGUUAAGAUUUUUCAAAUAUCUACUAUAUCAGUUGUCAGUCCUUGCAUGCGUCCACACUGAUCUGUCACUGAGCAGGCAGCAACAGUUCACCUUUGAUACACAUUUCCACACAGGUCAUGAACAUCAGACAGUAAUUCUGCUGUUGCUGGCUCCUGUUGGCUAAUCCCAGACAUAUUUCAUCUCCAUCAUUCAGAGACAGACUCACCAUCAGACCUGUACAUCAACCUGAUACACCUCAAUGAAAGUCAUGUAAACCGAAACAGGCAGCCAUUAUGAGUAAGCGUGGCCCACACCCC